AUGUACCGCCUCCAUAACGCAACGGAUCGCCGCGACAAGCUCUUUGCAUUGCUUGGCAUGUGCGCUGAUGAGUUUCUGGGAGAAGAACGAAUGCCAAAUUACCAAGCCCCAUGGGAGACUUUGCCGGGAAGUGUGGUGAGAUAUCUAUUUGGGACUCAGGCGACGGUGACCAUUGUUACAGCAAAAGACAUGGUGAUCAUCAGAAACAAGGGUACAAUAAUCGGCCAGCUAACAUCUGUGGAAGAUAUGGUUGGUGCCGACAACAGGAAAUUGGUGUUGAUUGCUUGGUCGUCGAUGAACAGCAGUAAACAGACAACGUCAAGAUGGGUGGUACCGGCUACCACUGUUGUUGAGCCGGGGGACUGGCUCUGCUCAAUCGAAGGGGUCCAAAAACCUGUCAUAUUAAGGCUUCAGGGAUAUUAUUUCCUUGUCAUUAUGAGUACCACCCCCGACAACUUUGACGCGCCCAGAGAUCUUAGCUUGCAAAACUUGAAUUUGCAACACGAUUCUCUGAUCGUCUGGAACUGGCGUCAUACACCUGAGAAAACUCAACAGACACUCAAAAAGAAAUUUCCAAUUACGGCAAAUACAGAGGCACGCAAUCGCCGCCGUGCUAAAUUCUAA